AAAUCAAUCAAAGUACCGAAGGCAUCGAGCUCAAGGCAUGGCAACAGUGGCUUGCACGAAGAUGAACUUGCACAGCUUCGCGCAAUGUUUGAUGGCUUACGGAACAAUCCAGAACGGCUGAAUAGCUUGCGCGGCGUCAUACCGGAUUUGGUAACAGCAGUUGAACAGAACAAUUUUGAUAUGUUCAUUGCCAAAUAUGUGGCGGACCGGGAGCAAGCAAUUGCCCGGCAACGUGCAAUGCUCGAUCCAUCCAGUGCCGAAGGUCAGCGGCUAAUUGCCGAGCAAAUAGAGCGUGAGAACAUCGACUAUUCGCAUCAGUUUGCGUUGGAACACAUGCCAGAAGCCUACAUACCAGUAACGAUGCUAUAUAUCAGGAUGAAGAUCAAUGGAAUUGCCGUGAAAGCGUUCAUCGAUUCAGGAGCUCAAGUUUCAAUACUGUCUGAGCGUAUUGCACAGCGCUGUAACUUGAUGCGCUUGGUGGAUAAACGAUUCAGGCGAUCAGUUCAUGGUGUUGGUGGAAUGCAAACUUUGAUUGGCAAAAUACAUGCUUGUCAAGUUCAGAUCGAGGAACAUUUCUUUCCGUGUAAUUUUGAUGUGUUGGCAGAGCGUGAAAUUGACGUUUUGAUUGGCCUCGAUUUCCUCAAGCGACAUCGCUGUAUCAUUGAUUUACACAACAACUGCUUACGGUGA